AUGCCACUCAUCAUAAUCACGGGUCUUCCAUGCUCAGGCAAGACCCAUCGAGCACAGCAAAUCGCCGCUGAUCUUCAAACCUACAUUUCCGCCGAUCCUGCAUCGUCCAAACGAACAGUCCAAAUCAUCAACUCUCACCACGCAUCUCUGGACUCGCCGUACGAUCCCAGCAAAGUCAUACCCUCAGAAAGUCUCCGCGACCAGAUCUACAACAGCGCAACACAGGAGAAGACUGCACGUGCCGCGGAAUUUUCGGCCAUCAAGAGAGCCGUGUCGAGAGACAACGUAGUCAUCGCAGAUGGAUUGAACUAUAUCAAAGGGUACAGGUACCAACUAUGGUGUGAGGCCAAAGCCGCGGGGACACGGUGCUGCGUGGUGCAUGUCGCUGCACAAGAGGACGAGUGUAAUAAUUGGAAUAGAGAGAGAUUGCGGGCUUGGGGACAAGAGCCAGAACCCAACACAGUUGGACGAACCGGCCAGAAUAGCACGGGGAAAGGCGAGGAUGUGCUGGGCGAAUUGAUGCCAGAAAGCCACACAGCCAUCUAUGGCGACAGAAUGCUCGACAAGGAGGAUCAUGCGUCACGCUCUCGCUCGUCGUCUACGGAAGGGUUCGACGAUGAAGACCAACCUCGGCGUCAAGACAACGACGCCAUGACCCUCAAGUCCUUAUACAUUACAGACCACAAGCGCGAGGCUAAGGCUGAGUCCACCGACCGGCCGACGGUCGAGCCAAGGGCCCAGGAGCCCUCCAAACCACAAUCAUCAGCCUCGCCCUCAACGACCAUUCCCAUACCAUCUCCGACAACCUCUCCGCCGUACACUCCAGCGACACUACACUCGCUCGUAAUGCGCUACGAACCUCCCAGCCCUUUCUCCCGGUGGGACACACCACUCUUCACCAUCCCGUCCUUCGACACGUCCCCACCAUCCCACGACAUAUGGAUCGCACUGUUCCCUCCGCCAGCAAAGCCAACCAGCAAGAAAGCCCUGUCUCAACUCUCUUCGCCCAACACCACUGAACCGCCAAAAUCAGAAGAAGUCAGACGGCAUGCUGCAACCGUGCUACCUAAAGCUACAACUUCAGACGCCCUCCAAGUGCUAGAGAGUGCGACCAUGGACGUGAUAAAACACAUACUGGCCAGGUCGAGAGAAGAAGGCCUCGAUACAGACACUGGUGGCGAUCUCAACUUGUCAUUACCCCUUGCCGGACCCGAGUCAGAGCACUACGAGACGACCGUCCAUAUCCCAGCGGGCUUGUCCCUCUCGCAGCCUGUGCUCCAGCGUCUGCGCAGGAAGUAUACACAAAUCCAGCGUGGAGGUAUCGCGCAUGGUCAAGGCUACGUCAGUGGCAGGCGAGGCGUGAUCCAAGGGUUCGUCGAGUUUCUGGAUCGUGAGUGGAAUGACGAUGAUGAGUAA